AACGAGGCGCUGUCACCAUGGUGCACUACAUUGUGUUGACUCUUCUAGGCCUUGCGACUGGCAUUUGUGCACUGCCAAACAUCAGAUCCACAGACCAGUCCGAGACCCGCCUCCAGUUCACCAGCGACGGCACGUUCCAAUUGUCGAUCUUUGAGGACUUGCAUUACGGCGAGGCGGAAGACACAACCUGGGGACCGAUCCAGGACGUCGAAAGUACUGCGGUGAUCAACACCAUCCUCGAUAAUGAAAACCCGGACCUGGUCAUCCUGAACGGCGACCUGAUUACCGGCGACAACACCUUUCUAGCCAAUGCGACCGACUACAUCGACGAGAUCGUCGCUCCUCUGGUUGAGCGCCAGUUGCUGUGGGCGUCCACCUACGGUAAUCACGAUAGCGACUACAAUCUGUCGCGCAGCGCCAUCCUCGAGCGGGAACAAUCGUACUCCAACAGCUUGACCCAAAGCAUGGUUACUGGGAAGCUCGCGGGGGUCUCCAACUACUACCUCCCCGUGUACCCUUCCAAUUCCUCAGCGACUACGCCAGCGUUAAUCAUAUGGUUCUUCGACAGCCGCGGUGGGAACUACUUCCAGGAGCUGGAGAAUGGAAGUGAAGUGCCGCAACCGUGCUGGGUGGAUGAGUCGGUAGUCGAAUGGUUCACGCAGACCAACGCCGACCUCACCGAGCAAUACGGCAAAGUGAUCCCCUCGAUCGCCUUCUACCACAUCCCGGUGAACGCAAUGCUCGCGUUCCAGAACCAGGGCGUGGACGCUCACUCGGAACCGGGCAUCAACGCCGACGUUCCCCUAGAUCAGCAAGGCGAGGCCAGCGGGCAGGGCGAGGUAUCCGGCACGGUGUUCAGCUACUCGGGGCAGGAUAUCCCGUUCAUGGAGGCGUUGUUGAACACCGAGGGUCUGCUGGCCACGUUCAGCGGCCACGACCACGGUGAUGACUGGUGCUUCAAAUGGGACUCCCAGCUCCCCGGGAUGAACCUCACCGGCAACGGCUUGAACCUGUGCUUCGGGCGCCACACCGGGUACGGCGGGUACGGGUCCUGGACGCGGGGGUCCCGACAGAUCCUGCUGGACGAGACGACCCUGGCGACGGAGAUCGCGACCUGGAUCCGGCUGGAGGACGGAUCGGUCUCGGGCCAGGUCAGCCUCAACUCGACCUACGGGGAGGAUCGGUAUCCCGCUGUUGCGACCACUUAUACUUGA